AUGGUCUUGACUAUAGUUCGAUGCAAGAAAGGGAAAGAGAAUGAAAACGUGGAUUGUUUGUCUCGAAGCCCAGUUCAAUCAUCAAUUUCAUCUGAACUAACAUUCAACAAAGAAAUAAACACAAUCAAUGUAGAAACCUUACUUCAAAUCUCCAGCACAGUGAUAACCGCAGAAACGAUAAAAGAAGAAACAGCAAAAGACCCUGAGCUUCAAGUUAUUUUGCAUGAACUGAAAAAUAGUCGCAAAGAUAGCCCUUACAUGAUCUCAGACAACAUACUUUUCCGAUCAGAUCGAGCCGUAAUUCCCAAACGUCUUCAAAAUCAAAUUCUAAAUGAGCUCCAUGAAUCACACCUCGGAAUUACUAAAAUGAAACAGCUUGCUAGAAGAUAUGUAUAUUGGGAAGGUAUGGACAAAGACAUAGAAAGAUUAGUGAAAAGCUGUGAAGCUCUUGCUAAAGUUCGUCACAAUCCACCAAAAGCUCUGGUACAUCCGUGGGAUCAGCCCGAUGAUAACUGGGAAAGAGUGCAUAUUGAUUAUGCCGGUCCAUUGGAUGGAUAUUAUUUCCUCUUGUGUGUAGAUGCUAAAUCAAAGUGGGCAGAAGUUCGCAUUCUUUGA